CAAGCACCGAGGAGGAAAAGCAAAGUGGGCGUCAACAGGCGCCUAGGACGCCACAGUCUGGAUUUUUAAUGUCAAUUGUCAGAACUUUGUCAUCAAGUGCUGACUUCGAGCAAAGAGAAAAAGAGAAAGCUAGAAUUGAAAAGGCAUUCCGUGAAAGUGAUAAGAAAUUGGGUGAACUGGUCACAGGUAACUACAAGGAUCUCAUGACAAUUCUACAGUCAUUUUCCACAGUGUACAAGAAAAUUACAGAUUCAAGAGAAAAAAUUAAGAAAAUAAAGGAAGAUCUAAGUUCUUGUAAAACCUUACUGCACUGCAAAAGAGAUGACUUACGAAGACUAUGGAUAGAAGGAGUGGAGCACAAAACAGUUGUAGCCAUGCUGGACCAAAUAGAAGAUAUUAAGGAAGUUUUGGAACGAAUUGAUGAACACAUGGCCAGAAAACAUUAUCUUCAUGCUACAGACAUGAUGGUUUCUGCAGUUGCUAAACUUGAGGGUCCACUAUCAGGAAUUGAUGCAUUAAAAGAGCUAAGAUCAGAACUGAAUGCAAGAAAAGAGCAAAUGCAUGAGGUCCUUAUAGAAGAGCUGAACAGAGUCAUUUAUGUGAAAGGUACCAGCGCAAUGGCCAAAGCUCCUCAGAAAACCGGAUCGAUCAAGGCAAAGAAAGGAGCAGGCUCUGUGACUGACAUGCCUAACGUGGACGAGUUCAACCACAUCACAGAAGACUUAAAUGUUGACCCGGAAGAGAAUAUUCCUAAAUAUAUGGCUAUUUUAACAGAGUCUUUGUAUGUGCUACGGAAACUUCCAGAGGCUGUGGAGGCUCUGAAGGCAAGGAUUCACCCAGAACUGUUGGCCAUAGUAAACAGAGCCUCUCAGCAAGUGGUGGAUAUUGCUUCCCAGCAGGGUGAGACCCUAUCUACCCUGGAUCAGCCCCGCUACCUGUUGGAGUUGCUGGAGAUGGUGUUCCAGCAGUUCAGGUGUGUGGCUACCAUGCAUAAGCUGAUGCUGUCCAACCUGCGGCGAAUCCAGCACAGUGCCAUGGAGUCAGUUUCAUCAGAAGACCAGCCAGAGAAGAACAUGGGAGGAUCCAAGAGUGACCAGUUAAUUCGACUGUAUGACAUGGUGGAUGUCUGGUCUAAGAUUGAGGCAGUCCUUCAGUUGUUGCUAGGAGACUACCUGGAUAUCCGCAACACUGCAGCCAACAGCCAACAAACACCCAACAACUUUGAUGAGCCCAGUCAGGAUAUAGGCACAUAUUUUGCCAGGAAAAGAUCAACACGACCUAAAAAGCCAGCUUUGUUUAGAUUUGAUGCCUCUUCCCAUGCAAUCAGCAUGAAUAAUUACCUGCGAGAACAGAGGCAUUAUGAUCCAGAUGAUGUGGUGGGCGGAUCCCGUAUGAUAAUGGACAUUGGCAGUCCUCAGUUUGUCUGUAAGCCUGGAGCUGAUAACAUCACAGCCAUCUUCAAUCCCCUUCAGUCAUUCAUAAAAGAAAUUGAUGCAGCCAUGAGCAGUUCAAAUCGCUCUGGGUCUUCUAGUCUCCAGCUGUUUGUGAAGGAGUUUGUCCAGCAGGUGUUUUUAGUGCAGGUGCAUUUUCAAGUGACCAACAGUAUUGACAGUGCUACCAAAGAGGCAGAUGAAGAAGGCAGCAGUCCCCGAGAUUCAGGCUUUGAUGCUCUCAGAAACACAAUUGACCAGAAAACCCAGAAGGAGCUUGGAGUGACCAGACCUCUGUUACAGAGCACAGUGACUGUGGAUAGGAACAUUCAGAAGUUACACGGGCUGAUGUUGGAUCUACCUGACUAUGCUGACCAGUUCUUGAACAUGAUUUGUAACAUCUUGCAGGAGUACAGGGAAACAUGCCACUCUGCCUAUAGAGGUAUUGUACAGCUGGAGGUGGAUGAGAAGAGGAUCAUCAGUGCUAUGUGGGCCAAAGAUGAUGACAUCAACCGCUUUCUCAGGUCUUUGCCCAGCUGGAAGUCUCUACAGCCCACAGAGGGUCAGGAGUUGAACCGCACCAUCUGUUCUGAGGAGGAGAUGCGUGCCCUGAACUCCAAAGAGUCUGUGAUCCUCAUCAGCAAUCUAUCCUCGGCUGACUCUUUGAUUCCUCAGAAUGAGAUCAUCACUGACAUCACACAAAUGAGAACCGUUGCAAAUCUUCAUGAAAGUCUGGAAUGGUUUUGCAGCAGAUUACGCUCCUUUGCAGCCAGUUUGUCCCCAAGUACCAGAAAUGGGGUCACCUGUCCAGACGAGAAUCAUUCUGAUAUACCACCAGUGUCUCAAGAGGCAUUACAGUCUCUUAAAAAUGUAGCUCAAGAUUUUCAGAAUCUGGCUGAGAUUUGUCUGUUACUGCUUCAUCUGGAGGUCAGAGUUCAUUGUUUCUAUUACCUUCUCCCAGUGGCCAAACAAUCAAAUUAUGCUGGAGCCAUUGAUGACCUGGAUCCUGAUUCUAAUGUGUUAAAACUGAACAAGGAUCUCUCCAGUGUGGAGGAGGUUUUAACACAAAGUCUACAGCCCAGAAAGUUCAGGUACAUCUUUGAGAGCCUGGGCUUCCUUGUGGCCUCCAUCCUCAUCAACAGUGUUCAGUUCUUAAAGAAAAUAAACGAAAAUGGCGUGAAGAAAAUGUGUCGUAACAUUUUUGCUGUGCAGCAGAAUCUGACCAACAUCACUCAGUCCAGAGAGGCAGACCUGGACCAUGCACGGCAGUUCUACGAGCUCAUCUACUCUACUCCAGAUGAAAUCAUUAAUGACAUAGCUGAGAAGGGUGCACAGUUCACGGAGUCCGAGUACAGCCAGCUGCUGCGGCUGAUGGGGCGAAGUCAGCCGGGAAGUGACCCAGCCGUCCUCAGUUCACGCCUCACUCGCCUGAGGGAGACGCUCCAGAAUCUUCAGAAUGAGUCUGGCUAACCAGGAACAUUGGAUUCUGCUAACCAUUGUCUUGAACAAUUCUGGCGUUUCACAUCAUCCUGAAGAAUAUUUUACUUCUAUGAUGUUGGUCAAUUGGUCUGGUACAUAUACCUAACAGCUGCUCUGAUGUAGACCCGUGGCUAAGCCAGAGAGCACAUGACAUCAGUGGUCAAUGGCUUGUGGUCUAAACUGAGCCAGUCUAAAUUGCUCUGCUAACCUGAAUUCCCAUGCCUGAAGCUGUUCCACAGUCAGUAGCUCUUAUGCCAGUUUUGAACUGAGUUAAAAUUUGAAAUGUGAUUUUGUUGCCUAUUUUUGGACAACAGGAGUCACAUGGUAAUGGUGAUAAAGUCCAGUUAAAAGACUGAAGGCCAUGUUACGUUAAUAUGCCAUGAGCAAAAACAAUUCCUGAACGUUGAGGUAUGUAUAUAAAUACUGGGAAUGUAAAUACUGGGAAAUACUGGGAAUUCUAUGCUUAUAAUACAUUAAAUAUCCUAACCCUUGCCCCUAUUUGUACACGUGCAAUACCCGUUGACGCUAUUAACAAUGCUUUUCUCAAUUGCAUCAGUCAGCAAUUGAGCAUUUAAGUGUCAGAGACGUUUCUGGUGUUCAAACAAGAUGUAAAUACAUGUCCUGAUUGUGUAAGUGCUGAAAUGUGCUUGUUUUAUACUGCAAGUAUAUGUUCUUCUGAAAAGGCAGGAUCAAAGUGCUGAUGUUGCUUCAUUUGUUUCCUGAUUGAUGUGUGUGGAGGUCAGUGUUUGACAUGCAUAAAAUGACAAGUGUAUAUAAAAUAUGACAGUUGUACAUUUCAUUAGCAGUUGUACAAUACAAUUACACGUACUACAUGUGGAAGAAUCAUGUGGCUUUUCUGUCAGUGUUUUUUAUGGGGUUUUUAUUUA